UGCAUAUGGGUGAAGUCAUCAACAUGAAGUGCAAGUGGUAUGGUAGGGUGGCCUAAAGCGUAGAUUUUUGACUCAACAUAUGAAGAACAGUGUGUUUAGGAUUUCUUCAAAAAUUCAAAAAUUCCAUAAUGAUGAACAAGAUGAGGUCAACAUCCUUCCUCAGAUUUUUGCUUUGUCUACUCCCAAAUGAUGGUCUCUUCUGGUUGUUCGGCUCCUCUUCCUGUGAAGCUGCUCCGCUUCUACCAUGGCCAACGUUCAACACGGGGCCUUCGACUUCUGCAGAAACGCAAGGACUACUACUGAAAAGACCUCCCCAGGAACAUCUGGGUCAUCGAUUGAGUGUACGCAACAACCAACUCGCAGCCGGUGUCGAAGGACGAGGAUCUGCAGAACAAAAGCAGGAACGCUACGUUCUUAACGAAUUUGGACAGCCGAUUGCUGUAAUUGCUCUGGCUCCUGCAAUAACGAAACCAGGGACGGCCUCAUCUUCGAGUAGAACUCCUACGAACCCGCCGAAUGUUGAUCGUCAAGUUGUAGACGAUCCCAACAUGAUGAUCGCAUCAGCAUCAGCAAGAUCCACGUCCACUAGUGCAUUUUCGUCAACUAGUAGCAGGAGUUCUCCGCUUUUAUCCAAGCAUGUUGUCACAAUUCCACGACACUGCAAGAUCAUGUGUGCCGUGGGUGCAUUGGUAUCGACUAGCGCAAUAGCAGCGGUGGGACAACAUAG